UACACACAUACAUAUAUAGAUAGUAUGUCAUGAAAAAAAUUGGCUAUCAGCUUAUUUUCACAGGAAGUGCAAAUUUUUGAUAAUUUUUAUAAAACAAGAUGAAAAAAUUUAACCUACUUAAGAGUCAAAUUUUAUCUUGAAAAGUUCAAACCACCUACACUCAGUUUCACAGUGUCUAACUCACCACAUACUGAAUUGCGUUCCUUGUAUUCGUUUCUAGACUACACAACAGAAAUGGGGCAUUUAACAUUUAUAACAUUUAAGUUUACUAUCUUAGUAUGCAUAUUAGGUGGACCGAUUCAAGAUGAUCAAGAGUUGAAGCCUUGUCCAAAUAUUAAACCAUUUACAAAAGUCAACAUUGACCAGUUGCUAGGGAAAUGGUUUUUGGCUAUUAUGGUUAUUGAAUCACAAAAUGAAGAAUUCAUUGAAGAUAGUGUUUGUAUACAUGGUGAACUUUUGCGAUACAAUAAAACCAUGUUACGGCAAGUAUGGAACAUUGAUAAUCCACUUUUGAUUGGGGAUCAUAGCGCUGUAAUAGAACUUCCAACCAAGGAAGAAGAAGUAGGAAUUUGGUCAAUUUUAAGUCCAUUAGGAGGAGAUAUAAAAGCAACAGUUAUUGAUGCAGACCCAGAUAAACAUAUGAUACUGGCAUUUUGUGGACAAAAAGGAUUUGACUCAUUACACAUGUGGACAGUAGUUGUAACACGUCAAAAUGGCAUCACAGCACCAGAAACCUUAAGAUUAUCAGCUAUUUUGGUCAAACAUGGCUAUAGUCCAUUGGCCAGUAAAAUAGUAAGUUGGAAAGAUUGUCCAAUUUAUACAUUUAUACCUUAGAAUUAAGAUUUGUUGGAACAUAAAUAAAUUGUGCAAAUAAAUACGUAUACAAAAUUAUACAAU